AUGUCACACGUUGGGGCCUGGGAUGGGAUGAUUAUCCUGUCACAAUCUCAAUGGCUGGUUGUUAAACUUGGUGCUGGCCUGAACAACGUGUGGAAUGUGCUUUAUGAUGACUUCAUCACAUAUCUGGCAGUGAAUCUGGCAACAACAAUUUCCUAUUUCAGCCGCGUGUCCUUUACCAAACUGUCUAUCCUGGCCAUCUAUCUUUGA